UUGACUCGGUAAACUCAGAUCAUUAGUUUGCACAACUCGUGAUUCUUGUCAUCUGAGCACCAACGCGCUCCAAUUAAAGAUCGGUGCUCACGAGCUCUCAGCCUCUCUCAGUGGCUGGAGACACAGGGCUCAUUCCCCCACCCAGCCCAUAUUAGCUGCCUGCUAGUUGCAGCGUAGACCUGUGCAAUCUGGGCUUGGCCAGUGCCUGCGGCCAGGACACACCAAAGAUCUCUAGGACCUUUGGGACACACCACCUGCAGAGAGUUGGAGGAGAGUUUUUUCAGUGCGGGUUCAACGAUGGGUGCAGGCAGCAUCUUGGAGCACAAGAGAAGGAGAAGAAAAGUGGUCUUCCCAGCGGCGGGACUCUGCCUACUCCUAUAUGCAACGACCCACCUCGUUCACAAAGUCGCCUCGACCACCAGGCUGGGCAGCGCUCUGCGGACCCGCAGAGCAGCAGUAACCGAUAACUCGACAAACUGUGUGAAGUCUGCUUCGUCUGAGUUCCCCGGAGGACUGUUUACGCUGGAUGAGAGGCGAGAAGGAGGAGUGAUCAUCCACUUUCUGGUCAUUCUCUACAUGCUGUUGGCCAUAGACAUGGUCUGUGAAGAAUACUUCCUCCCCUCCCUGGAGGUGAUCAGUGAACGCCUUGGCCUCUCUCAGGAUGUUGCCGGGGCAACGUUUAUGGCAGCAGGAAGCUCUGCACCUGAAUUAGUCACAUCUUUUCUGGGUGUCUUUGUGACCAAGGGAGAUAUUGGAAUUAGUACUAUAGUUGGAUCUGCGGUCUUCAAUUUGCUUGGUAUCUGUGCUGCCUGUGGACUGUUAACCACUAUGGUUUGUCGGUUGACUUGCUGGCCAUUGCUCAGAGAUUGUACAGCCUAUGCCAUCAGUGUUGCAGCAUUAAUUGCCAUUAUCUUUGAUAACAAGAUUUACUGGUACGAGUCGGCUUCUCUAUUGUUGAUCUACAUAGCGUAUAUCGUGGUUUUAUACUUUGACAGUAACCUGAACGAGUACAUAACAAAGAAGUUUAGCCCGUGCUGUACUUGUCUGACACAAGCAAUGGAAGAAGGCAAUGAACACGAUGCAUUAAUAGACUGGCAGGGGGGAAACGGACCAUUGAUAUAUCGCCGUUCCCGAUCGGACAGUGGAAUCUUUCAUGAUGACUCCGACUAUUCCCAACAUUCCCUCAGUUUACACGGACUGUCGGAGAUUACUGAAGAUCCAGCAAGCGUGUUUGCAAUGCCUGAAUCGGAUGUGAAGCGAGUUGUGUGGGUACUCUCUCUUCCCAUCACCACACUACUCUUCAUAACCACCCCGGACUGUCGGAGGCCCCAGUGGAGAAAAUGGUUCCUGCUAACCUUCUUCAUGUGUGCUGCAUGGAUAUCUGGAUUCACAUAUGUAUUGGUUUGGAUGGUAACCAUUGUGGGAGAAACUCUGGACAUUCCUGAGACAGUGAUGGGUCUGACAUUGCUGGCAGCAGGCACCAGUAUUCCAGACGCAGUGGCCAGUGUGCUUGUUACCAGAGAAGGUAAAGGAAAUAUGGCUAUGUCGAACAUUGUGGGCUCCAAUGUAUUCGAUCUGCUCUGUUUAGGUGCACCGUGGUUUAUUAAGACAGUAUUUGUUGACUUAUCACCCGUAGAAGUGAACAGCAGCGGCAUGACGUACACAACAGCCUCUCUCCUCCUCUCCAUCAUCUUCAUUUUCGCAGCUAUUCAUAUUAAUGGAUGGAAACUGGAUAAGAAACUUGGAGUAACAUGCCUGAUAGCCUAUUUAGUUUUUCUCGUUAUUUCAGUUCUAAAUGGACUCGGAAUAUUCGGCCACGUUCUUGCAAGGACAUGCACUUAGCCGAGCUACAAAUCCAGGUACAAUUGUGAAUGCUGUCACCCAAAACUGAAGCUUCCCAGACCUUUCCCAUACACCAUUAAUCCUGAUGGUUUUAUCUGGACAAGAAAUUGAGAAGAAAGUCCUGAUGCAGGGUCUUGACUCAACCGUGACAUACUGUUCACCUCUGCAGAAGCUGUCUGUCCCAUUGAAUUCCUCCAGCAGUUUGCCUUUUUUCCCCCUUUCAAGUAAUUGGGUGUUGGUUUCCUGGGCCAAGACUGCUUACUGUUCCAGGAUCAGGAAGAACAGAUGAGAGAGAAACUUUUCUAAUGUACAAGUCUCAAGAAUUAUAUUCCGUGUUCCCUCAGCAAUACAAUAGGUGCUUUAUUGUCACAUGUGCAAAACAGUGACAUUUUCUGUCACCAGAUUUGGCACCAUUUCCAAAAUCUGGUCCACGCGCAAGCGCCUGGAUUGUUCAGAGUACCGAAGUUCCUCUUCUCACCUGGCCACGCUCAUGUCCUGGGGGUGUCUCCCACAGCCGAUCGCGAGGGUGCAAGAGAUAUGACCCCGGUUCACUUUGCAACCAGCCUUGAUCCUCGUGACCGUCAUCGGCGGCCGCCUCCUCUUCGGUACUCCAGUCUUCGGGGAGGAGCUCCAAGGAUUCCCCUCCACAUGCCGUGGCCCACUGGGUCUUCCAGGGAGAGUUCCUGGCCCGCGGCAGUGGAGCCCGGUCCCCACGGUGGGCUCCACCGC